AUGUCAACACAAGAAUUUUUAUUUAUUUUAAAACAAAGUUUUAAUAAUUUGAUUAAUAAAUAUCUUGAAGGAAAGUCUGCAAAUAGAUGUCAUAAAACUUUUAUUUUACAACCCGAUUAUGAUCUUAUUGUCACUCUUCGUGUAUUAGGAACUGAAACUAAUCCAAAUACGCAAAUCAUUAUAGUCACAAAAAAUGAAAAUGGAUUAGAUCAUCAACAAGAUAUUAUUGAUGAAAAAACAUUGCCUGAUAAUUUCUUCGAAGAUUUUAAUAAUUCUGACGAUGAUUUUGAACCUGAACCUUCAGCAUCGAAUCAACUUGAACCUUUAAUGUCGAAUCAACCUGAACCUUUAAUAAUGAAUCAACUUGAACCUUCAACAUUAGAUCAACCUAAACCUUCAACAUCAGAUCAACCUAAACCUUCAAUAUCAGAUCAACUUGAGUCUUCAACAUCGAAUCAAACUGAACCUUCAACAUUGAAUCACUCUAAACCUUCAACGUUGAAUCACUCUGAACCUUCAAUGUCGCACUUUGAAACUUCAAUGUUGAAUUACUCCGAACCUUCAAUGGUGAAUCAAUCUGAACUAUUGAUGUCAAGUCAAUCUGAAUCUUCAAUUAUUUCAAAAAUAGAUCGCAACAGUAUUGACUGGCAUACUUUGCCAUGCAAAAUAAUUGGUGAACUACCAAACAAAACAUAUCAUUUGCAAUGCAAAAAUGGAAUUAUCAAUACUACUUAUUGCACAAAUGAACUUAUACCACUUGGACUAACUGAAUAUGAAGAACUUAAUGUUUGUCAAGAUGAUGUUAUUAGUGUAUGCGAAGUGGCAAGAAUGCAAUUAAUGUCCACCAUGACUGGAACAAAAUACAAUUGUAAAGGUGAAUGCAAGAAUAACUCUUGCAAAUGCAAAUGCCUUAAUGUAGUAUGUGGCUGUGGAUGUCAUCCACAUAAUGUUAAAUGUAUUAAUA